AUGGUCACGUCAAAAGUCAAUUGGCUUUCAAGACUUUCGGCUAUUUCCAAGAACGAGAACUCUCGUUUGGCUACGGCGAGAUCUCCGACGAGCUUCGUCUCCCUCGUUCAAGGGAUCUUCCUCCGAUCAACUGCAUCAAUGGCGCCUCGGAGAAGGGAUUCAAACUCCAAGAAAGUCGCUGAGGCGACUUCCGACAUGCCGUCGGCUGAGAACGCUAGCGGUGCUCUUGCUCGUGCGGGAACCUUGCCAUCAACAUCGCCGCUGCAGGGGCCUCCUUGUCGUGGUGAGUAUGACAGGAGAAUUCGUAAGCGGAUACCUGUCAUGGACAAAAAUUCCAAAAAUGCCAAAUUAAUGGGGGACUCGAUGAAGUCUGCGCUCGUUGAGCGUUUAAUUGACAGAGAGGACGAAAUUCCCCAAUCGAUUCCUUCGAUUCCUGAGGACGAUAGAGCUGGAGAGGGCCCUUCUUCUGAAUUGCUCCACCACCUUGUUGAGGGGGCUUCUCUUGAAGACUGUGAAUCUAUCUUGAGCCAAUGUUUGGACGACAUCAAAGCUAAAGGGGAUGCAUCCUGGACUGAGCACAACCAAGGGGGAAUCACUCUUUUGAUGGCAGAAUUAGCAGUUUUCAGGGAGCUACAGCACACCAAUCUAGACUCUGAAGUGGAGCCAGCUCUUUCCUUGGCGAUAAUCUCGAGGGCGCAUCACCCAGGGACUCUUCGCAAGGACCUGUUUGAUAAAAAGGCCCACAUAUCAGCUUUAAGGAAGCGGCACUCUGCAACAUAUGCUAAAAUCAAAGGUGUUGCUUCUGAUAUCCGUGGUAUCGAAGAGACUAUCGCUCGAUUAGAGGCCGAGAUCGCUCCCCCUCAUGAGGGGCUUGAGCUUGGAAUUGGGGACGCUUCGCUCAUUAAGGCGCUAUCUGAGGCUUAUGGGAGGAGGGAAGAGCACGUCAAGAAGCAGCUAAAGGAAUUGGGAGAUUUGGGGCUCGUUGCAAAAGCGAGCAGGUCUUCGCAGAAAGUGAUGUUCAAGCCUCAGCCUCUGACUAUUGCGAAGGUUUUAGAUACAUUCCGUGCCAUUGCAAAGGAGACCGGCAAAGACAGCCAGGACAAAAAAAGGAAUCAUAUUAAAGGGCUUCUUGUUGCAGCAACUGAUUGUGAACCUCAGUACAUAAUUCGUCUCUUGCAGUCAAAAAUGCGAAUUGGCUUGGCCGAGAAAACUGUUCUUGUUGCUCUUGGGCAGGCUGCUAUGCAUUCUGCAACGCUUCCUGCUCCACCUUCACAAAUUCAGUCCCCUCUUGAAGAGGAGACCGGCAAAGACAGCCAGGACAAAAAAAGGAAUCAUAUUAAAGGGCUUCUUGUUGCAGCAACUGAUUGUGAACCUCAGUACAUAAUUCGUCUCUUGCAGGUUGUAAAAUGCAAGCUUGAGAAAUUUUCAUUUUGA